AUGGGGAGGCGGCCGCCGCGGCGGGGCCUCGGGGGGCCGGCGGCCUCGCUGCUCCCGCUCCUGCUCCUCUCUUUGUUCCCGCUCAGCCGGGAGGAGCCGGGGGGCGGCGGGGGCCGGGGCUGGGGCGCGGCGGGGGCUGCUGCCCCGGAGCCCGGGGCGCGGGCCGGUGGCGGGGCCUUAGCUCUUUGUGCCGAGCCGCCCGGGGCCCGGGAGCACGGGGAGCCCGGCCUGGGAGUUGGGGAGCCUGUCUUCGAGGGGCUCCGAGGGGGGACGCCAAGCGCCCAGAGUGCCCGGGGGUCCCCUGGGCAGCCGGAUGCGGGGCUCGGGGCGGAACGCGGGGCCCGGGCACUCGGUAGCCGCGGGCGAGGGGCAUGCCAGGGGCCGGGGUGUCCGCUGUGCUGGCGCCCGGAGGCCUCCUCCUGCGGACGGACAGGACCUUCGCGGAGACGCAGGUCGCCGCCGGAGGCCCCGUCCCCAGGGCUCCCGGCCCCGGGGAACAGCUUGCCCGUCAGGAAUGCUGGGAGAGGCGCCCCCAAGAGAGUGGGAGCCACGCGGUGCUGCGGGGGAUUGUGGGCGCCGGGGCGCAGGGGCCAAAGCCAGAGAGCCCGGAGCCCCCGAGCCGAGACCACCGCCUCCCGGGCGGACUGUCCUCCCGGGGCCGCGGGCCCGGCUUCAGCACCGCGCGCGGCCGGGACAGCUCCGGCGCCGGGUUCAGCACCGCGCGGCGACCGGACAGCUCCCGGGCCGCCGCCCCGGCGCAUGCGCCCCCGCGGGCUCCGCCGCCGCCUCCCGCCGCGCCCCGGGGCCCCGGCCCCGCCCGCGCCGCGGAGGACGCCCCCGGCCAGCCGGGCCCGCCGCCGCCGCGCCGCCAACCGCCACCCGCAGUUCCCGCAGUACAACUACCAGGCGCUCGUGCCCGAGAACCAGGCGGCGGGCGCCGCGGUGCUGCGCGUGGCGGCGCAGGACCCGGACGCGGGCGAGGCGGGGCGCCUGGCCUACUCGCUGGCCGCGCUCAUGAACAGCCGCUCGCUCGAGCUCUUCAGCAUCGACCCGCACAGCGGCCUCAUCCGCACCGAGGCCGCCCUGGACCGCGAGAGCAUGGAGCGCCACUACCUGCGCGUCACGGCGCACGACCACGGCUCGCCGCGCCUCUCGGCCACCACCAUGGUGGCCGUGACGGUGGCCGACCGCAACGACCACGCGCCCGUGUUUGAGCAGGCGCAGUACCGCGAGACGCUGCGCGAGAACGUGGAGGAGGGCUACCCCAUCCUGCAGCUGCGCGCCACGGACGGCGACGCGCCCGCCAACGCCAACCUGCGCUACCGCUUCGUGGAGCCGCCCGCCGCGCACCCCGCCGCCGCCGCCGCCGCCGCCGCCUUCGAGAUCGACCCGCGCUCGGGCCUCAUCAGCACCAGCGGCCGCGUGGACCGGGAGCUCAUGGAGAGCUACGAGCUGGUGGUGGAGGCCAGCGACCAGGGCCAGGAGCCCGGGCCGCGCUCGGCCACCGUGCGGGUGCACAUCACCGUCCUGGAUGAGAACGACAACGCGCCGCAGUUCAGCGAGAAGCGCUACGUGGCUCAGGUGCGCGAGGACGUGCGCCCGCACACGGUGGUGCUCCGCGUCACGGCCACCGACCGCGACAAGGACGCCAACGGCCUGGUGCACUACAACAUCAUCAGCGGCAACAGCCGCGGCCACUUCGCCAUCGACAGCCUCACGGGCGAGGUCCAGGUGGUGGCCCCGCUGGACUUCGAGGCCGAGCGCGAGUACGCUCUGCGCAUCCGGGCGCAGGACGCGGGCCGGCCCCCGCUGUCCAACAACACGGGCCUGGCCAGCAUCCAGGUGGUGGACAUCAACGACCACGCGCCCAUAUUUGUCAGCACGCCCUUCCAGGUGUCCGUCUUGGAGAACGCGCCCCUGGGCCACUCGGUCAUCCACAUCCAGGCCGUGGACGCGGACCACGGGGAGAAUGCCAGGCUGGAGUACUCGCUGACCGGGGUGGCCCCCGACACGCCCUUCGUGGUCAACAGCGCCACGGGCUGGGUGUCCGUGAGCGGCCCCCUGGACCGCGAGUCCGUGCAGCAUUACUUCUUCGGCGUGGAGGCCCGGGACCACGGCUCCCCGCCGCUGUCCUCCUCGGCCAGCGUCACGGUGACCGUGCUGGACGUGAACGACAACAGGCCCGAGUUCACCACCAAGGAGUACCACCUGCGGCUGAACGAGGACGCCGCCGUGGGCACCAGCGUGGUCAGCGUGACCGCCGUGGACCGCGACGCCAACAGCGCCAUCAGCUACCAGAUCACGGGUGGCAACACCCGGAACCGCUUUGCCAUCAGCACGCAGGGCGGGGUGGGGCUGGUGACGCUGGCUCUGCCCCUGGACUACAAGCAGGAGCGCUACUUCAAGCUGGUGCUCACCGCCUCCGACCGCGCCCUGCACGACCACUGCUACGUGCACGUCAACAUCACCGACGCCAACACCCACCGGCCCGUCUUCCAGAGCGCCCACUACUCGGUCAGCGUGAACGAGGACCGGCCCGUGGGCAGCACCGUGGUGGUCAUCAGCGCCUCCGACGACGACGUGGGCGAGAACGCCCGCAUCACCUACCUGCUGGAGGACCACCUGCCCCAGUUCCGCAUCGACGCCGCCUCGGGGGCCAUCACGCUGCAGGCGCCGCUGGACUACGAGGACCAGGUGACCUACACGCUGGCCAUCACGGCACGGGACAACGGCAUCCCGCAGAAGGCGGACACCACGUACGUGGAGGUGAUGGUCAACGACGUCAACGACAACGCCCCCCAGUUUGUGGCCUCCCACUACACGGGGCUGGUGUCGGAGGACGCCCCGCCCUUCACCAGCGUCCUGCAGAUCUCCGCCACCGACCGGGACGCGCACGCCAACGGCCGGGUCCAGUACACCUUCCAGAACGGGGAGGACGGGGACGGAGACUUCACCAUCGAGCCCACCUCCGGCAUCGUCCGCUCGGUGAGGCGGCUGGACCGGGAGGCCAGGCCAGUGUACGAGCUGACGGCCUACGCGGUGGACCGGGGCGUGCCUCCGCUCCGGACCCCGGUCGGCAUCCAGGUGACGGUGCAGGACGUCAACGACAACGCGCCCGUCUUCCCCGCCGAGGAGUUCGAGGUCCGGGUGAAGGAGAACAGCGUGGUGGGCUCGGUGGUGGCCCAGAUCACAGCGGCCGACCCCGACGAGGGCCCCAACGCCCACGUCAUGUACCAGAUCCUGGAGGGCAACAUCCCCGAGCUGUUCCAGCUGGACAUCUUCUCCGGGGAGCUCACCGCCCUCGUGGACCUGGACUACGAGGCCCGCCAGGAGUACGUGAUCGUGGUGCAGGCCACGUCCGCCCCGCUGGUCAGCCGCGCCACCGUGCACGUGCGCCUGGUGGACCAGAACGACAACAGCCCCGUGCUCAGCAACUUCCAGAUCCUCUUCAACAACUACGUGUCCAGCCGCUCCGACACCUUCCCCUCCGGCGUCAUCGGCCGCAUCCCGGCGCACGACCCCGACGUCUCCGACCGCCUCUUCUACUCCUUCGAGCGCGGCAACGAGCUGCAGCUGCUGGUCCUCAACCAGACCAGCGGGGAGCUUCGGCUCAGCCGCAAGCUGGACAACAACCGCCCGCUGGUGGCCUCCAUGUUGGUGACCGUCACAGACGGGCUGCACAGCGUGACGGCGCAGUGCGUGCUGCGCGUGGCCAUCAUCACGGAGGAGCUGCUGGCCAACAGCCUGACGGUGCGCCUGGAGAACAUGUGGCAGGAGCGCUUCCUGUCCCCGCUGCUGGGCCGCUUCCUGGAGGGCGUGGCCGCGGUGCUCGCCACGCCGGCCGAGGACGUGUUCAUCUUCAACAUCCAGAACGACACGGACGUGGGCGGCGCCGUGCUCAACGUGAGCUUCUCGGCGCUGGCGCCGCGCGGGGCGGGCGCGGGCGCCGCGGGGCCCUGGUUCAGCUCCGAGGAGCUGCAGGAGCAGCUGUACGUGCGCCGCGCGGCGCUGGCCGCCCGCUCGCUGCUGGACGUGCUGCCCUUCGACGACAACGUGUGCCUGCGCGAGCCCUGCGAGAACUACAUGAAGUGCGUGUCGGUGCUGCGCUUCGACUCGUCCGCGCCCUUCCUGGCCUCGGCCUCCACGCUCUUCCGUCCCAUCCAGCCCAUCGCCGGCCUGCGCUGCCGCUGCCCGCGCGGCUUCACCGGAGACUUCUGCGAGACGGAGCUGGACCUCUGCUACUCCAACCCCUGCCGCAACGGCGGCGCCUGCGCGCGGCGGGAGGGCGGCUACACGUGCGUCUGCGGCCCGCGCUUCACGGGAGAGGACUGCGAGCUGGACACGGAGGCCGGACGCUGCGUGCCCGGCGUCUGCCGCAACGGGGGCACCUGCGCGGACGGGCCGCACGGCGGCUUCCGCUGCCAGUGCCCGGCGGGCGGCGCCUUCGAGGGCCCGCGCUGCGAGGUGUCGGCUCGCUCCUUCCCGCCCAGUUCCUUCGUCAUGUUCCGGGGCCUGCGGCAGCGCUUCCACCUCACGCUGUCCCUCUCGUUCGCCACGGUGCAGCCCAGCGGGCUGCUCUUCUACAACGGGCGUCUGAACGAGAAGCACGACUUCCUGGCCUUGGAGGUGGUGGCUGGGCAAGUGCGGCUCACCUACUCCACAGGCGAGUCCAGCACGGUGGUCAGCCCUACGGUCCCCGGCGGCCUGAGUGACGGCCAGUGGCACACGGUGCACCUGAGAUACUACAACAAGCCCCGGACAGAUGCCCUGGGGGCUGCUCAGGGCCCCUCCAAGGACAAGGUGGCUGUGCUGAGCGUGGACGACUGUGACGCGGCCGUGGCUCUGCAGUUUGGCGCCGAGAUCGGGAACUACUCGUGUGCAGCUGCGGGCGUGCAGACCAGCUCCAAGAAGUCCCUGGACCUGACAGGCCCUCUGCUCCUGGGGGGGGUGCCCAACCUCCCCGAGAACUUCCCCGUGUCCCACAAGGACUUCGUCGGCUGCAUGCGGGACCUGCACGUUGAUGGCCGCCGAGUGGACAUGGCGGCCUUCGUUGCAAACAACGGCACCGUGGCAGGCUGCCAGGCCAAGCUCCACUUCUGCGACUCGAACCCGUGCAAGAACAAUGGCCACUGCGUGGAGCGGUGGGGUGGCUUCAGCUGCGACUGUCCUGUGGGCUUUGGCGGCAGAGACUGUCGGCUCACCAUGGCCCACCCCCACCGUUUCCGCGGCAACGGCACCCUGAGCUGGGACUUCGGGAGUGACGUGAUGGUGUCCGCGCCAUGGUACCUGGGGCUGGCGUUCCGCACGCGGGCGCCGCGCGGGGUCCUGAUGCAAGUGCAGGCCGGGCCGCACUGCACGCUCCUCUGUCAGCUGGAUCGGGGGUUGCUGUCCCUGACGGUGACCAGGGGCUCGGGCCGUGCUGCCCACCUCCUCCUGGACCAGGUGACUGUCAGUGACGGCAAGUGGCACGACCUUCGGCUGGAGUUGCAGGAGGAGCCAGGUGGCCGGCGGGGCCACCAUGUCCUCAUGGUUUCGCUGGACUUUAGCCUCUUCCAGGACACCAUGGCGGUGGGCAGUGAGCUGCAGGGCCUGAAAGUAAAGCGACUCCAUGUGGGGGGCCUGCCCCCCCGUGGCGAAGAGGAGGCUCCCCCCGGGCUGGUCGGCUGUGUCCAGGGGGUAUGGCUCGGCUCCACGCCUUUGGGGUCCCCAGCCCUGCACCCCCCCACGCAGCGAGUGAAUGUGGAACCUGGCUGUGUCAUGGACAGCGCCUGUGCAUCCGGGCCUUGCCCGCCCCACGCUGACUGCCGCGACCUCUGGCAGACCUUUUCCUGCACGUGCUGGCCAGGUUACUAUGGCCCGGGCUGCGUGGACGCCUGCUUCCUGAACCCCUGUCAGAACCAGGGGUCGUGCCGCCGUCUCCCAGGGGCCCCCCACGGCUACACCUGUGACUGUGUAGAGGGCUACUUUGGGCAGCACUGUGAACACAGGAUGGACCAGCAGUGCCCACGAGGCUGGUGGGGGAGCCCGACCUGCGGGCCCUGCAACUGUGAUGUCCACAAGGGCUUUGACCCCAAUUGCAAUAAGACUGAUGGGCGGUGCCACUGCAAGGAGUUCCACUACCGCCCCCGGGGCAGUGACACCUGCCUCCCGUGUGACUGCUACCCCGUGGGCUCCACCUCACGCUCGUGCGCGCCCCACAGCGGGCAGUGCCCCUGCCGCCCGGGCGCCCUGGGCCGCCAGUGCAACAGCUGUGACAGCCCUUUCGCCGAGGUGACGGCCAGCGGCUGCCGAGUGCUCUAUGAUGCCUGCCCCAAGUCCCUGCGGUCCGGUGUGUGGUGGCCCCAGACCAAGUUCGGCAUUUUGGCCUCAGUGCCCUGUCCCCGGGGGGCCCUGGGUGCUGCCGUGCGGCUCUGUGACGAGGACCAGGGGUGGCUGGAGCCCGACCUCUUCAACUGCACCUCCCCCGCCUUUCGCGAGCUCACGCUGCUGUUGGAUGGCCUGGAGCUGAACAGGACAGCGCUGGACACUGUGGAGGCCAAGAAGCUGGCUCAGAGGCUGCGGGAGGUGACCGGCCACACUGACCACUACUUUAGCCAGGAUGUCCGCGUCGCUGCCCGCCUGCUGGCCCGCCUGCUGGCCUCUGAGAGCCACCAGCAGGGCUUUGGGCUGACGGCCACUCAGGACGCCCACUUCAAUGAGAAUCUGCUGUGGGCAGGCUCUGCGCUGCUCGCCCCGGAGACCGGGGACUUGUGGGCCAUGCUGGGGCGGCGGGCGCCCGGGGGGUCCCCCGGCAGCGCGGGGCUGGUGCGGCACCUGGAGGAGUACGCGGCCACGCUCGCCAGGAACAUGGAGCUCACGUACCUGAAUCCCGUGGGGCUGGUGACGCCCAACAUCAUGCUCAGCAUCGACCGCAUGGAGCACCCCAGUCCGUCCCGGGGCACCCGCCGCUACCCUCGUUACCAUAGCAACCUGUUCCGUGGCCAGGAUGCCUGGGACCCUCACACCCACGUACUGCUGCCUUCCCAGGCCCCGCGGCUGUCCCCACGUGACGCUCUGCCCACAGGCAGCAGCGUGGAAAAUUCCAGCUCCCCAAGCGUGGCCCCCCCGCCGCCCGCCCUGGAGCCAGAGCCGAGGACCUCCAUCGUCACCCUCCUGGUCUACCGCACGCUGGGAGGGCUGCUCCCCGCCCAGUUCCAGGCCGAGCGCCGGGGGGCCAGGCUCCCCCCGCACCCCGUCAUGAACUCCCCGGUGGUCAGCGUGGCUGUCUUCCAUGGGCACAGCUUCCUGCAGGGCCUCCUGGAGGCGCCCAUCAGCCUGGAGUUCCGCCUGCUGCAGACGGCGAACCGGAGCAAGGCCAUCUGCGUGCAGUGGGACCCGCCUGGCCCGGCGGACCAGCAUGGAGUGUGGACGGCACGGGACUGUGAGCUGGUGUCGAGGAACGGGUCCCACGCGCGGUGUCGCUGCAGCCGGACCGGCACCUUCGGGGUUCUCAUGGAUGCCUCCCCCCGUGAGCGGCUGGAGGGCGACCUGGAGCUGCUGGCUGUGUUCACUCACGUGGCCGUGGCCGUGUCGGUGGCCCUGCUGCUGCUGACCGCGGCCCUCCUGCUGAGCCUGCGCAGCCUCAAGUCCAACACGCGGAGGAUCCACGCCCACGUGGCGGCCGCCCUGGGCACGGCCGAGCUCCUCUUCCUGCUGGGGAUCCACAGGACCCACAACCAGCUGGCGUGCACCGCGGUGGCCAUCCUCCUGCACUACUUCUUCCUCAGCACUUUGGCGUGGCUGCUGGUGCAGGGCCUGCACCUCCACCGCGUGCAGGCGGAGCCCCGCAACGUGGACCGCGGCGCCAUGCGCUUCUACCACGCCCUGGGCUGGGGCGUGCCUGCUGUGCUGCUGGGCCUUGCCGUCGGCCUGGACCCUGAGGGCUAUGGAAACCCCGACUUCUGCUGGAUCUCGGUCCAUGAACCCCUCAUCUGGAGCUUCGCAGGCCCUAUGGUCCUUGUCAUUGUGAUGAACGGGACCUUGUUUCUUCUGGCUGCCCGAGCGCCCUGCGCCCCCGGGCAGAGGGAGGCUAAGAAGACGUCUGCAGUGACCCUUCGGAGCUCCUUCCUGCUCCUGCUCCUGGUCAGCGCCUCCUGGCUCUUUGGGCUCCUGGCGGUCAACCACAGCGUGCUGGCCUUCCACUACCUCCACGCCGGGCUCUGCGGGCUCCAGGGCCUGGCCGUGCUGCUGCUCUUCGGUGUCCUGGAUGCCGACGCCCGGGCCGCCUGGGCACCAGCCUGUCUGCGCAAGAAGGCAGCGCCCGAGGAGGCCAGGCCCGCGCCUGGGACGGGGCCUGGGGUUUACAAUAACACGGCCCUGUUUGAGGAGAGCGGCCUCAUCCGCAUCACGCUGGGCGCCUCCACCGUCUCUUCCGUGAGCAGCGCCCGCUCCGGUCGGGCCCCGGACCAGGACAGCCAGCGCGGCCGGGGCUGCCUCAGGGACAACGUCCUGGUUCGACACGGCUCGGCUGCGGACCACACUGACCACAGCCUCCAGCCGCACGCCGGCCCCACAGACCUGGACGUGGCCAUGUUCCAUCGAGACGCCGGUGGAGGUGCAGACUCCGACUCCGACAGCGACCUGUCCUUGGAGGAGGACAGGAGCCUGUCCAUCCCGUCCUCGGAGAGCGAGGACAGCGGCCGGCCGCGGGGGCGGCUCCAGCGUCCACUCUGCCGGGCCGCCCAGAGCGAGAGGCUCCUCAGCCACCCCACAGAUGUGGACGGCAAUGACCUCCUGUCGUACUGGCCCGCCCUGGGGGAGUGUGAGGCCGCGCCCUGUGCGCUGCAGGCCUGGGGAUCCGAGCGGCGCCUGGGGCUGGACACCAGCAAGGACGCGGCCAACAACAACCCGCCGGACGCAGCGCUGACCAGCGGCGACGAGACCUCCCUGGGCCAGGCCCAGCGCCAGAGGAAAGGCAUCCUCAAGAACCGGCUGCAGUGCCCGCUGGCGCCGCAGCCCCGAGGCACCCCGGAGCUGUCCUGGCGCCGCGCAGCCGCCCUGGGCCAGCGCGCCGUGCCGGCGGCCUCCUACGGCCGCCUCCGUGCCGGACGGGGCUCGGGCAGCCUCUCGCAGCCGGCCAGCCGCUGCUCCUCCCGAGAACAGCUGGACCUGCUGCUCCGGCGGCAGCUGAGCCGGGAGCGGCUGGAGGAGGCCCCGGGCCCUCUGCCGCGCGCCCUCAGUCGGCCGGGCUCCCAGGAGCGCCUGGCUGCCGGGCCCGGCCGCCCGGAGCCCCGGGCCCGGGGCAGCACCCUGCCGCGGAGGCAGCCGCCCCGGGACUGCGCCGGCGCCGCGGCCGGCCGCUUCAGGUCACGGGACGCGCUGGACCUGGGCGCGCCCUGCGAGUGGCUGCGCACGCUGCCUCCGCCCCGCAGCGCCCGCGCCCGGGACCCGCAGCCCCCGCCUCUGCCCCUGUCUCCCCCGCGGCAGCUCUCAAGGGACCCCCUCUUGCCAUCCCGGCCCCUGGACUCUCUGUCCAGGAGCUCGAACUCAGGGGAGCGGCUGGACCAGGGGCCUAGCCGGCACCCCUCGCGGGAAGGCCUGGGGCCUCCCCUGCAGUUGCUCCGAGUCCGGGAGGACCCGGCCCAAGGCCCCUCCACCGAGCAGCUGGACAUCCUCUCCUCUAUCCUCGCCUCCUUCAACUCCUCGGCCCUCUCCUCCUCCGUGCAGUCCUCCAGCUCGCCCUCCGGCCCCCACACCACUGCCACGCCUUCCGCCACCGCCUCCGCGCUGGGGCCCUCCACUCCGCGCUCAGCCACGUCCCACAGCAUCUCCGAGCUGUCGCCCGACUCAGAAGUCCCCCGAAGUGAGGGCCACUCCUGA